AUGGGCCGGCUACGGUUGGAAAGUCAAUGUGAUACGAACGCGACAAGUGCUGCCAGUGGGCUGUGUUUGGAUCAAGCUGGACUUGCGGCGAAGCUGGAGUCCUGGCGCCAUGAUCCUGACCUUUGUCUGAUAUGGGCAGCCUUCUGUACAACCUCACCCCUCACGCUGGCCGAUGGCAUCUCCUUGGCCAAAACACGAAGGUCAGCGACGGAGGCUUUGAAGCUGCUGGCUGGCGCGGAGACCGGCAAGGACCAGAACGGGCGCCCUCUGCCUGAGGCCUGUGCAGCGGAAGAGACUGAGCAUGCAGACGCUCAGUCUCAGCUUCCGACGCUCGAAGUCUCUUACUUUGAGGAAACUGCGUUCCUCUUUGAUUAUUGGAGCCACGCUGAUAAUGUUUCAUUGAAGCCCUGGCAAUCCAGUGGGUUUAGCUUGAUUGCGCGUUUGGCGAAAUCAGUCCACAGUGAGGUCCAUUUCUCGCAGAGCAGCACUGGAACCACCGGUGUUGCAAAGGUGGUGUCGAAGAACAUCGCAAACAAGAAGAAGGUCGACAGCGAGGAGUCUGUGUGGUUGAAUAACGAGAACAUUGACAUUCCAUCUUUUGAAGACAUUCGGAGCGAAAUCGCCGUCCUGACAUUCCUGAGCACUUGUGCACACUGCCCAUACAUCAUCAGCAUCCUGGGAUCCUUCGAGGAUGUUUGCCACAUCUACCUGGUCACCGGCUACUGCGAGGAAGGUGAUCUCUUCGAGCGAGUGGCUUACGGAGAUCCUUUGGCCGAAACAGAAAAAAAGCGCUACAUCAGCGAACUCCUACAAGGGGUGCGUCACCUUCAUCAGCACAACGUUGGUCACCGCGACAUCUCUCUGGAGAAUGUCCUGCUCAGAAAAGGAAGUUGUGUGCUGAGCGACUUUGGGCAGGCAGUGCAACUAGCAGCACAAGACGGAACCGUGCUUCGGUACUUCGUGGAAGCUGGAAAAAGCAUGUACCGCUCGCCCGAGAUGCAUGUGCCGCGAGCGAGCCAUGUGCAGGUGGUGUGUCCGGCAGAUGGCAGACCUGGAUUGCGGGCGGUGGUGUCACACGAGACUACAAGAUGCGAAGUUCUGUUGCCGUUUGAUGCAGUGCCUGGGCAGCCUUGCACGGCAACUCCAUGCGGCUACGCUGUGGCGCCUGCAGACCUCUUUGCUUGCGGAGUCUGUGCCUUCGUAGUGGCUAUUGGCAAGGCAUCAUCCUUGUGA